AUGGAGUCAAGUAGCAUAGCAAAGUCAAAGAACGACAAGGCAUGGAGGGCAGUCUCAGAGGAAAUCAAGAGGAUCUUCAGAACUUCUGUUUUACAGCUGCAGGAGAAGGGGACCAUGAAGAGCGAUCAAGCCAAGAAAUUCCUCUGCUCAGCAUUAGAGGAUGAACUGGACUUCGCAUUAGGAAAGCAGACCCCUGCCUUCCUCAAGAAAUGUGUAUGUUACAUCCGGAAGAUAUCCAAUUUUGAUCGUUUCGCUAAACUCCCUGAGAUGGCACGCUACAUGGACAUCGUUGUGAGCGACGACCGUGUCAUGAGAAACCAGGAAGCCUACGAGCGUCUUCUGAAGGUCAGAGACGAGUUUGUUCCGAUGGUGGUGGCAGCAUCCAAUCUUCGAGUCUACUCAUCGGUCACUCACUGUGACAUGAAACUUGGCUACUCGCAGGAAGUAGAGAGCCACUACGUUGAAGGUCUAUGUAAACAGUUUUAUGAAGACAUGGUGGAUAUCAUCCAGGCCACGGUCCAACAGAACUUUGACACAGAGACAGAUACACUCUAUGACGAAACCAUACAGCAUCUGUCGCUGUGCAAGACAUUUUCAUCUUUUUAUGUGUACAAGAGUGAAGCCUUGGACAUAAUCCAGGAGUACCUGUUACCCUCUAAAGGUGGUCGAAUAACUCCCCUAGUGGUGUAUGGGGGACCCUGCACUGGAAAGACCUUGUUACUUGCUGAAGUGGCAAAACAGGCCUAUUCGUGGCUACAGAAAGAGAUGGGACCAGAAACAGACCCAGUGGUCAUUGUCAGAUUCAUCGGCUCCACUGACUUCUCUGGUGACCUCCGCACCCUGCUACAAAGCAUCUGUGAGCAGAUUGCCAUCAACUAUCGGUGCCUGAUCCAUUUCUUGCCAAACAAGAUCCAGGAGAUGAGGGAACUGCUGGUGAAUUUGCUCGGGGAGUCAUCAUUCCACCGACCUCUUGUCAUCAUUCUGGAUGCCUUGGAGCAGUUGUCAGAUGUUGACGAGGCCCGAAAGCUGUGGUGGCUGCCUGUCCACCUACCACGUACAGUCCGAAUUGUAGUGUCCACCCUGCCCAACAAGCAUGGAAUACUGCAGAAACUACGUUGCCUGAUACAUGACGAGGAUGGUUAUGUUGAACUGAUGCAAAGAGAUCGCAAAGCUUGCAGUCAGACACUUAAACAGCAGCUUCUGAGUGUCAAAAGGAAGGUGACCUCUGGCCAACAGAUAUAUGUGAAUGAGGCAAUGGCUAAAUGUACACUGCCCAUGUUUGUCAAUCUCAUCUACCGAGAGGUAGUUCACUGGCGGUCGCACAAGGAUGUGGAUGACAAAUCGUUGUGUUCCACAGUGCACGAAAGUAUUGAGCAGCUUUUCUACUCUAUCGAAAACAAGCUUGGCUCACGCUUUGUCUUUCGGGCACUGGGCUACAUCACGAUGGCACGGGCAGGCCUGACAGAGUUGGAGCUAGAGGAUAUUUUAUCUUUGGACAACAGUGUCCUUGGAGACAUCAUGGUGAGCUCUAAUCUUAAAAGCCCGCUGCGUAUUUCUUACGAUUUCAUAGCCCGGCUAAAAGAAGAACUUGAAGGUUAUUUAGUGGAGCGUCAAGUCCGUAAUGUAACACUAAUGGUGUGGGCAAAUCGACAUCUGCAUCUCAUAGCACAGAAGCUAUACCUUAGUAAUGAAGAAGAUGUGCAUCAAAUGCAUAGCCUUUUGGCUGAAUACUUCCUUGGGGCUUGGGCAGGUGGUAGAAAGAAGAUAUUCCACUGCGACAAUAAUCAUUUAGCUUCACUGAAUAUCUCCCAGCAUCGAAACCCUCAUCAACAGCAGAGCCUUCAUGGCCAUGACAAAGCUUCUGCUGACAAGCACUCUUAUGACAGACAGACACCCGAACAACCCUGGGUGUUCCAGUGUAACUUGCUGGAGCCGGACAUCUUCUUUGUCAACCAUCGAAAGAUGACAGAGCUCACAUACCACCUGACAAGGAGCGGCCGAACAGAUGAUCUCAUGUAUGGUGUCAUCAUGAACUUUAGCUGGCUCUACACUAUGAUAAAGAUAGGGCAGUUUGACAAGGCCCUGUCAGACAUCGACCUAGCUUACAGCUACACACAAGAAAAGGAGCUAAAGUUUCUUGCAACUACUCUCCGCAGUAUAAAGCUCAAAGUGACAAAGAAUCCUGCGUCACUGUCUGCUGAGCUACAGCAAAGGCUCCUUCCGGUUGUCACAUCCCUUCCCAAGCUCAGACACCUACUUCUUGAGUGUGACAAGGAUGGUCCUAAAUACUGCUCCAUUGUGCCACUGCAUUCUUCCAUGGAUGUCACCUACAGUCCUGAGAGAUUACCACUCUCUUCUAGCUACAUGCAAAUUGUGGAGAUUCUACCUACAUUAGCUCCAAACAUAGUCAUUGUGGCCCUCGAGGAUGGAUCCGUCAGCACAUGGGAUGUUGAGAGUAGACAGCUGCUAAGACAGAUAGACACAGCAAGGUCAGUUGUUCUUGGCAUCAGGUUAACCACAGAUGAGAAGUAUCUGGUAGUGGCCACUACAAAAAAUACACUGCUCAUUUACGACAACCACAAGUCCUGUUUGUUGUCUGAGGUCGAGGUAAAAGGAUCCAAGCACUGUGGCAUCACCGGCGGGGUGGCGUUCAUCAAUGGAUUCACCUUGUCCAGCCACCAUGCCUUAGCUUGGUUGGAGGCAAGCAAAGACGUCAAUGUGAUUGAUUUGCUCUAUGGCUGGCCUUUGUAUCAGUUUCAUUGCUGGUAUGAGGUAACCUGUGUCCAGUGUUCCCCAGAUGGAAUGUAUGCUUUCUGCGGACAGUAUCUCAACACGACCACCAUAUUCCACCUUGGUAGUGGGGACAAGCUUGCCACAAUGACUUCUGAAUUCUCUGGUGGUUUUGUCAAGUCAAUCCUGAUUCUUGACACAAUCAAUCAAAUGGUGAUGAUUGACAAUGAGGGCAGUCUCUCCGUGUGGAACACCAAAGAUAUCACAAAUCCCAAGCUAAUGGAGGAUUAUGACUGCAGAGGAGAUGAGAGUGAGGUGGUGGGCAUAGAGCUCUCAGAGGAUCAGCGAUCCAUCCUCAUCUGCAAAGCAAGUAGCAUUGAGGUGCUGGACACCAAGAUUUGGAAAAUGGCAGAGAAGUUCAAGGCCAAGCGAAGUGAAAAGUUUGUGGCGGCUGUUCUCUCCAAGAAUAACCAAAGUAUAAUAGCCUCCAUGGAGAACACAUCAUCAAUAUUUGUGUGGAGGAGAGACAGUGGGCAGUGCAUGGCCAGCUUGAUAGAGAUAUCCGGAGCCAUUGUAAAGCUGAUCAAAUCAACACACCAUAACUUGCUGCUAUCUGUGGCCAGCAGUGGCGUGCUUUCUGUGUGGGACAUAGACAUUAUAACAGCCAUGUCGAACAUUGAUAAAACUGGAAAACCUAUCCAAAACCUGCAGCUCUCUGGCCGAGAGGAUUUUGUAUACACCACGGAUGGGUCAGAGGUCAUUCACAAGUGGAACUACAGCACAGGUUUCAUUGAGAUGGUGUUCAAGCAUGAAGGACUCGUUGAGAACUGCGUCCUGACGACAUCAGGUGACCUAAUGGUGACAUCUGAUGAUAAAAGUAGUCAGUACAUCUGGCAUACGACCACAGGUGAAAAUAUAUUCCGUAUCAACGGCCAGAGAAUCUCACAGCUUCUCAUCACGCACAAUGAUCAGUUUGUUGUGUCCCUCUGCGAGCAGAACGCCUCUCGUGUUUGGAGACUCGCCACUGGUCACAAGGUAUGCAACAUUCUGGUAACACUCCAGCAAGCCCUCAUUACCACAGCAAACACAUUCCUUGUGGGCGCCAACAAGAAUAAGAUGUUAGCUGUUAGCUUGUGGUCAGGUAGUGUUUCCAAAAAAUUUAUCUGUGACGAUGGGAUCACAAUUGUUAACUUUAAAUUAAUCCCUGACAGUCCAGAUUUUGUUGUCUUCAUCACCUCCAACGAAACUGUUUUCAUCUGGAGUGUCGCUGAUGAGUCUGUGUGUAGGCGGGUGCAGCUGCCCAGCAACUUCUUAAAGAACCUGGAAGAUUUCCAAAUAUCACCAAAUGGAAAGUUGGGCAUUGUGUCGAAAGGUGAUGAGAACAUCAAUGUUCUAGACCUGCACAGUGGUAAACUGCGUCUGGUCCAUGCUGCUGGCAUAAUAUGGCGGCAAAAGCUCUCACGGGACGGACGCUACUUAGUGUACAUCUGUUUCCGGAAUUGCGAUGAAGAUGAUGAUGCAGGUGUGGUUUCAAGUCUGAUUGUCAUGAGAUUGGCAGACGGUAAGAGCAUCGGGACCUGUUCCCUUUACAAAACACCAACCUAUCUGUGCCUAUCACAGCGAGCUCUUAACAUCAUUGUGGGAUUUGAGGAUGGCAGCAUUGGCACCUACACAGUUGUAGACCGUGUGGAUGCCGCUCUAAAAAUCAAAAUCGCCACCUCAAACAGUCGGCAAAUCGUUAACAAUGCCUCACAGAAAGUACGACCCAAGUGUAGCACCAAUGCCUUCAAGACCAUUGCUGACUGUGUGUGGAGAGAAUCCACUGAGGUUUUCUCUCGGGACAGUCCUAUCAAUGUGUCUGACAGUGGGGAGCCAGAGACCACAACACCCACAAAGAAAACUGAACUGCUGCAAUGAGAGCACCCUCUGUAGGACAUUAUGGGCAUGAAGGAACAAGGCCAGGUUUGGAUUGUUUACAGCCACUUUGAUUCAGCUGCACAGAUCAGUAUCUGGGUAACACACAGCAGCUGGCCAAUUGCUAUUAAACUGCACUUAAGCUGCAAUCAGUCACCUUGAUUUCUCUUAUUUAUCAUCAACUUACUGUCACGAAGAAUUCAAUAUCAUUUUAAUAUCAAUAGCAACAAAUUAAUUUGAAACCGAUGCCAUUCAUAGCGAAAGCCAGUCCAAUCGGCUUUAUGAUAUGUUCUUCCUUCUCAUGUGUAUGCCAAUGUGGCCAUAUACUGUAGUUUAGAUUUUGUAUGAGUUUAGUCAAAUCAAGCCAUAUUGUCACUUUAUACAGAAGCAUAGAGAAAUGUAAUACAUUUGUAGCCAUAUAAGUGUUGCUGCCUUUUUUCCCCUUCUUUUUUGAAAAU